AUGCAAACCGUCAACCCAGACUACUUCUUCCAAUCCGACGCCGCCAAUGCCAACCGCGCGCGCAAGGCAGCCAAGUCCGGGAACAAACAUGGCAACCCCAUCUCCAUGAAGUCCAAGAUCCUGGCGGCCAUCCCCGACCCUGCCGACCCCCAUGGCUCAAUCUUCAUCGCCGAGUCUGCCGGCUUUUGCAGACGCAUUAACUUAGAAACAAAUGAUACCAACAUUGCCCAGUCUACACAAACAAAGAAAACAUACAGAGGCCCGACGGCGCCCGUCACCUGCCUGGCCCUCGGCGGUGCCGGCAACAAGACGCUGUUUGCCGGCUGCUGGGACAAGGACAUUUGGUCAUGGGAUGUAGCUACAGCGCAGCCGCAGCGCAAGUUCAGCGGCCACUCGGACUUUGUCAAGACGGUCCUCUGCGGGACGCUCGCCGGCAUGCCGAUUCUUUUCAGCGGCGGCGCCGACAAGAAGAUCAUGGUGUGGGACGCCACCACCGGCCGCCGGCUGCACACACUGCAGGACCCGGCAACCACCAUGCUCGCGGUGCAGCACCUCGCGCUCGACCCGGUACUCAGCACGCCCGACGAGCUCAUCCUCGUCAGCGCCAGCAGUGACCCCAGCAUCCGGCGGUGGCGCAUCACGCCGGCAUCGGCGACGCAGCUCGCCGAGGCGUACCACGGGCGGCCCGACGCGGACCGCCCGACGGUGCAGGAGCACGAGACGAGCGUGUACCGGCUCGCGUUUGACGCGACCGACGACGACGCGGACCUGUGGACGGCCAGCGCCGACGGCACCGCCAAGUGUCUCUCGCGGGCGCGCCAGUUCGAGACGCAGGACGCGCUCGCGCACGGCGACUACGUGCGCGCCGUCGCGGUCACGCCGCGGUGGGCCGUGACGGCCGGCCGCGACGAGGACGUCAAGGUCUGGGACCGCGCGACGGGGAAGCUCUACGCGACGCUGCCGGGCCACUUUGACGAGAUCACGGACCUGGUGCUGCUCGGUGCGGCGCGCGUGUGCAGCGUAAGCAUUGACGGCACGAUUCGCACGUGGCCGCUGGCGCAGGAUGCGCUGGAUGAAACGGUCAAGAAGAUGCAGGAGGAGGCAGAGAGGGUGGCGGCGGGCAAGCCGGAGGAGCUCAAGGAGGAGGAGGCUGGCGAGAGCAUGCUGACGGCGGAGGAAGAGGCGGAGCUCGCCGAGCUGAUGGCAGAUUGA